GUUGACACUUCUUGACCAAUAGCAUCGCGAAACGACACAAUACAGAAUUGAAAAAAGAUGCUUUUUAUUCGGGACAGGGCGUGAGUGGUGUUUCGGGGUUGUAGUGAAGACGCGAGUCACUCCUCGAGAAGGCUGUGUGAAGGAGUGGAUAUCGGCCCAUCUCUCUCUUCCAAGAGCCCGCAUCCAUCAGCGGGAGAUAAAAGAAGCCGACAGCAUGGGGGUGCUACUUCUGACGGCUGUGAUAACGCUCCUUGCAGGACAGACGAUGUCGCAAGAAAUGUGUGCUACGAAUCAGUGCCUCAACGGGGAGAAUUGCUACAACAGACCAGUCGACGCAACCAGUCCUGAUGGCUAUAUCUGUGAAUGCAACCUUCCAUUCCGAGACAGUUACAACUGCGCUAUUGGACCUGACAAUCAGGAGGUGUACACCUGCUUUGGUAGUAGUUGCCAGAGCGGUACGUUCACCAGCAAAGAGUGGCCCAACGUCUACCCGAACCGGUACCGCGCCCUCUAUCUGUUGUACAUACCGGGCGCCAACGGCAUCAAAUUCACCUUCAACGCCCCGUUCAGCAUCGAAUCGGACAAGGAUGAGUUGUACAUUGGCAAGGGUCUGACCGUCGACUUUGCCCUACUCCUCGGCAGCGAUACGGUGGGACCCGAUGUGGCAUUCUUUGACGGCACCCAACUGCCUGCCGAAACGAUCAUACCGAACACUGACGUCGCCUUCCUGUAUUUCAUCACCGACAAAAAUCUGAAUUUUGAAGGGUUCUCUGUGAACUUCUUAAUGGUGGAUAAUGUGCCGCCUGAGGUCAGCAACUGUCCGCCAAACAUGGACCUUACGACGACUGUUCCCGAAGGCAUCCAGGCCGUUUGGACAUUGCCGACGGUCACAGAUGCCAGCACAUUCACCACCACAGCGUCCCACGAGCCGGGAGAUCUGUUCCCCCAGGGCUCCACCCAGGUGUCCUACCUCUACGUGGAUCGGUUUGGAAAUGAGAACACGUGUACCUUCACGAUCACGGUCACUUUGGUUGACAUGGAGCCGCCAGUGAUCCAGACGACAUCUGAAAACAUCGUCGUGACGGUACCCUUCGGCUCAGCUGGAACCACUGUCACCUGGACUGAGCCCACUGCAACAGACAAUCUAGGCACGGUGUUUACCAGCAGAACUAGAGAUCCUGGAAGCUUCUUUGCUACGGGUACCGUGACGGAUAUCACCUACUCCUUCGCUGAUGCCAACGGCAACACAGCCAGGACAACGUUCACAGUCACCAUUGUUGAAGAAUCUGACGAAGUGCCUCCAGUGAUCACCAGUUUCCCAUCAGAUGUGACAAUCACCGUUCCCUUUGGAACCACAAGCGCAGUCGUCACUUGGAAUGAGCCGACAUCUACGGAUAAUUCCGGUACCUCCAGCCAGACUGCAAACAUCCCAUCCGGAAGCACCUUUGCCGUCGGAGCCACGCCAGUCACUUACACCUUCUCGGAUCCAAACGGGAACUCGGUCAACUCGAUGUUCACCGUGACUGUCAUUAUGUUGCCUGACAACGAACCGCCCGUGAUCCAAACCUUCCCCGGUGACAUCACAGUGACUGUCCCCUUUGGAACGACCAGCACGGCCGUGAACUGGAAUGCUCCAACGUCCACCGAUAACUCCGGAACAGUCAACACUGUCAGCACCAGGCAGCCGGGAAGCUCAUUCCCCCCCGGCGAAACCGAAGUGACCUACACAUUCACCGACCCUACUGGAAAUUUGGUCAUGCGGACUUUAACUGUCAAUGUCAUUGUUGCUCAGGAUGACAUACCACCAACGGUGACCAGUUUUCCAUCGCCCGUGACCAUCACGGUGCCCUUCGGUACCCCGAGCGCCACAGUCACCUGGAACGAGCCGACAUCAACGGAUAACAGUGGUACCUCCUCCCAAAAUUCCAACCUCCCAUCUGGGAGCACAUUCCCAGUUGGGACAACGCCCGUGACGUACACGUUUGUUGACCAGGCUGGAAAUUCAGUGAUGCGUUCAUUUGACGUUACUGUGAUUAUGUCGCCUGAUGAGGAGCCACCCGAGAUCCAGACCUUCCCCAACGACAUCACCGUGACGGUUCCCUUUGGCACCGAUAGCUCCACCGUCAACUGGCCUGUGCCCACGGGAACAGACAACUCUGGCACAGUCAGUGUCACUUCCAACAGGGCACCGGGAAGCAAUUUCCCAGCAGGCUCAACCCCAGUGACUUACACUUUUACCGACCCUGCUGGAAAUUCUGUGAUGCGUACAUUCACAGUCAACGUUGUUGCCCUGGCUGAUGAGGAGCCACCUGAGAUCCAGACCUUCCCCAGCGACAUCACCGUGACUGUUCCCUUUGGCACCGAUAGCUCCACUGUCAACUGGCCCGUGCCCACGGGAACAGACAACUCGGGCACCGUGAGCAUCACUUCCAACAGGGAACCGGGAAGCACUUUCCCAGCAGGCUCAUCCCCGGUGACUUACACCUUUACUGACCCUGCUGGCAAUUCUGUGAUGCGUACAUUCACAGUCAACGUUGUUACCCUGCCUGACGACGAACCACCAAUGGUCACCAGUUUCCCAUCGGAUGUCACCGUCACUGUUCCCUUUGGAACGACCAAUGCGGUCGUCAACUGGAACGAGCCCACUUCCACGGAUAACUCCGGAAGUUCCUUCCAGAAUCCCUCUCGACCCUCGGGAAGCACCUUCCCUGUCGGAAGCAUGCCUGUUACCUACACCUUCACUGACCCAACUGGAAACUUCGUCAUUCGCAGUUUCAAUGUCAACGUGAUUGAGCUACCCGACGACCAGCAACCCACCAUUCAAACCUUCCCCAACGACAUUACGGUCACCGUUCCCUUUGGAACCGACAGCACUUCGGUCAAUUGGCCCGUGCCGACCUCAACCGACAAUUCGGGCACAGUCAGCGUCACUUCCAACAGGGAGCCGGGAAGCGAUUUCCCAGCAGGCUCAACUCCCGUCACUUACACGUUCACUGACCCUACUGGAAAUUCUGUGAUGCGUACAUUCAACGUGAACGUCGUGGUUCUGGCCGACGGGGUACCACCAUCGGUUACCAGUUUCCCGUCAGACAUCACUGUUACUGUUCCCUUCGGAACUUCGGGGACCGUCGUCACUUGGAACGAGCCGACGUCCACAGAUAAUUCUGGUACCUCUAGCCAGACGACUAACACCCCGUCUGGGAGCACAUUCCCAAUUGGGAACACGGCAGUCGUCUACACCUUCACUGACCCAACUGGGAACCUGAUCAGGCGAUCCUUCAACGUGAACGUGAUUGAACUGGCUGACGACCAGAUACCCGAAAUCCAGACCUUCCCCAACGACAUAACCGUGACUGUUCCCUUUGGCACCGAUAGCUCCAUCGUCAACUGGCCCGUGCCCACAGCAACCGACAACUCGGGCACCGUGAAUGUCAUCUCCAACAGGGAGCCCGGAAGCUCUUUUCAGGCAGGCACGACUACCGUGACUUACACGUUCACCGAUCCCUCCGGAAAUUUGGUCAUUCGUUCCUUCAAUGUCAAUGUCGUGCCUUUGGCCGAUGAGCAGCCCCCAGAUAUCACCAGUUUCCCAUCGGACGUCACCGUCACUGUGCCCUUUGGAACGACCGACACCGUUGUGACCUGGGACGAGCCCACGUCUACAGAUAACUCAGGAAGUUCCUUCCAGAAUCCUUCCAGGCCUUCUGGGAGCUCUUUCCCGAUCGGAAACACCCCGGUUACUUACACCUUCACCGAUUCAUCCGGAAACUCCGUUGAACAGACCUUCAAUGUCAACGUUAUUGAGCUGGCUGACAACGAGCAGCCAACUGUCCUGACUUUCCCCAACGACGUCACGGUGACCGUUCCUUUCGGAACCGAAAACACUCCUGUCAACUGGCCCGUGCCGACAUCCAGCGAUAACUCGGGCACAGUCAGCGUGGUUUCCAACAGGGAACCCGGAAGUUCCUUCCCAAUCGGCACAACUCCGGUGGCUUACACAUUUUCCGACCCCAACGGAAACUCGGUGAUACGGUCGUUUGACGUCACUGUUGUUGCUCUGCCUGACCGCACUCCACCAGCGAUCACCAGUUUCCCCUCCGACAUCACUCUCACCGUUCCGUUCGGAACUACAGAGUCAGUCGUCACCUGGGACCAGCCAACAUCCACGGAUAAUUCCGGUACCUCGAGCCAGACGACCCCCAUCCCAUCAGGAAGCUCAUUCCCGUUGGGCAACACGCCGGUUACUUACACCUUCACCGACCCGUCUGGAAACUUCGUCACCAGGACUCUGAACGUGAACGUCAUCCAGCUGGCUGACGACGAGCGCCCAGUUAUCCAAACCUUCCCCAACGACAUCAGCGUCACCAUUCCCUUCGGAAGCACCGGCUCCGUCGUCAAUUGGCCGGUGCCCACGGCUACCGAUAACUCGGGCACGGUCAGCGUCACCACCAACAGGGAACCGGGGAGCACUUUCCAGCCGGGCACAACGGCCGUGACUUACACGUUCACCGAUCCGUCUGGGAACAUCGUCACGCAGACUUUCAAUGUCAACGUUAUGGUUGCUGAUGACGAACAACCACCUGUGGUUACCAGUUUCCCGUCGGACGUCACGGUCACUGUCCCCUUUGGAACGAUGCAAACUGUUGUGACCUGGGACGAGCCGACUUCCACCGAUAACUCCGGAACGAGCUCCCAGAAUCCCACCCGUCCGUCCGGAAGCGUCUUUCCCAUCGGAACCACUCCGGUCACCUACACUUUCACUGACCCCUUCGGAAACGUGGUCAUGCAGAGUUUUGAUGUGAACGUCAUCCAGCUACCGGACAAUGAGCAACCAUCUAUCAUCAGUUUCCCAAGCGACAUCACGGUGACAGUCCCGUUUGGAGUCAGCAGCACCCCGGUCAACUGGUCCCCGCCGAUCUCCACGGACAACUCGGGCACCGUCAACGUCAACACCAACAAGGAGCCUGGCAGUUCCUUCCCAGCCGGCCAAACCACCGAGGUCACCUACACCUUCUCCGAUCCCAAUGGCAACUCGGUCAUGCGCUCGUUUGAUGUCAAUGUCGUGGUUCUGCCGGACAGCUUGCCGCCAGUGAUAACUACGUUCCCAGGCGACGUCACCGUCACGGUUCCGUUCGGAACGCAAAGCACCCCAGUCACAUGGCCAGAGCCCACGUCCACAGACGACUCCGGAACUUCUUCCCAGACAUCCAACUUCCCGUCCGGAAGCAGCUUCCCGGUUGGCACCACGCCGGUUACCUACACCUUCACCGACCCAAAUGGGAACUCAGUCAUGCGGUCAUUUGACGUUCGAGUUAUUGAGCUGCGUGAUGAUAUCCGUCCAGUCGUCACCAGUUUCCCGCCAGACAUAACCAUCACGGUUCCUUUUGGGACCACAAGUGCCAUGGCCACUUGGGACGAGCCGACAUCCACGGAUAAUUCCGGUACUUCCACUCAGAGUGCCUCCUUGCCAUCCGGAAGCACCUUCCCGCUCGGAAUCACCCCGGUCACCUACACCUUCACGGAUCCGUCGGGAAACACUUACACCCAGACAUUCACCGUCAAUGUCAUUAUGCAGUCUGACGAAGAACCACCAAUGAUCGAGACCUUCCCCGAAGACAUCACUGUGACGGUUCCUUUUGGGACAACCAGCACUCCGGUCAACUGGCCCGAGCCGACAACCACCGACAACUCGGGCACGGUCAGCGUCAACUCCAACAUCAACCCAGGAAGCUCCUUCAUCCCGGGCUCCACCGGUGUCAUCUACACCUUCACCGAUCCGGCUGGGAAUAUCGUCCAGCGCUCAUUUAACGUCAACGUUGUGGUGAUGCCUGACGGCGUCCCGCCAGUGAUCACCAGUUUCCCAGCCGACAUCACCGUCACGGUGCCUUUCGGAACCUCGGGAACCACCGUCACCUGGAACGAGCCCACGUCCACGGACAACUCUGGCUUCUCCUUCCAGAAUCCCAGCAAAACUUCCGGAAGCACCUUCCUGGUCGGAACCACGCCGGUCACCUACACAUUCAUGGAUCCCACCGGAAACGGAGUUGAGAUGGAGUUCACUGUCACCGUUAUUGAGCUGCCGGAUACCUCAGUUCCGAUCAUCACCUCCUUCCCCAACGACAUCACCAGGACAGUGCCGUUUGGAACGGCCAGCAUCCCGGUGACAUGGCAGGAACCCACGUACAUCGACAACGCUGGCUCUGCCGUCGCCACCUCGGAUAUCACAUCUGGAACCUCGUUCCCGCCUGGGACAACCCCGGUCACUUACACCUUCACCGACCCGGCCGGCAACAACAUUAUGCGAUCCUUCAACGUCAUCGUGGUGGUUCUGCCUGAUCAAGAUGGUCCAGUGGUCUUGACCUUCCCCGCCGACAUGACCGUCACCGUUCCCUUCGGCACGCAGAGCACCCCGGUCACCUGGAACGAGCCCACCUCCACGGAUAACUCCGGGUCUUCUUUCCAGAAUCCCUCCCAGCCUUCCGGAAGCACCUUCCCCAUCGGAACCACGCCGGUCACCUACACCUUCAACGACCCAAAUGGCAACAUAGUCCUGCGGACUUUCGAAGUGACAGUCAUCAUGCUGCCUGACAAUGAGCAACCAGAGGUGGACACCUUCCCCAGCGACAUCACUGUGACCGUCCCCUUCGGCACCACCUCCGCCGUCGUCAACUGGCCCUUCCCGACGUCCACGGACAACUCGGGCACCGUCAACACCUUCACUAACCGGGAGCCCGGAAGUUCCUUCCCCCCGGGUACCACCCCGGUCACCUACACCUUCACGGAUCCGAACGGAAAUUCGGUCAUUAGGUCUUUUGACGUCAACGUCAUUGUUCAACCUGACGGUGUUCCGCCAGUGGUCACCAGUUUCCCGAAUGACAUCACGGUCACAGUGCCUUUCGGCGCCACAGGCUCCAUCGUGACUUGGGACGAGCCGACUUCUACCGAUAAUUCCGGAACCACUUUCCAGAAUCCCACCAGGGUACCGGGAAGCACCUUCCCCAUCGGGAUGACCCCAGUCACCUACACCUUCACCGAUCCCACUGGGAACAAUAUCCAACGGACGUUCACUGUCAACGUUGUUGAGCUCGCUGAUACCGAGCGACCUGUGAUCACGUCCUUCCCCAACGACGUCACUGUGACGGUCCCCUUCGGUACAACCAGCACUCCAGUCAAUUGGCUGCCACCGACGUCUACGGACAACUCGGGCACCAUUGACACCAACUCCAACAAGGCGCCGGGCGAUUCGUUUCCCCCCGGCACCACUCCCGUCACGUACACGUUCACCGACCCCAAUGGAAACACCGUCACGAGAUCCUUCAAUGUUAACGUCAAUGUCCUGCCCGACGAUCAGGUACCGAACAUCCUGACCUUCCCAUCCGACGUCACCGUCACCGUGCCGUUUGGAACCACCAGUACUCCCGUCACCUGGGACGAGCCCACGUCUUCCGAUAAUUCUGGAGGCACUUUCCAGACGCCCUCCAAGCCCUCUGGCAGCGAGUUUACAGUGGGAACCACCCCGGUCACUUACACCUUCACCGACCCGACUGGCAACAUUGUGACCCGAACGUUCAACGUCAACGUCGUUAUGCUGUCCGACACUUCUCGUCCCGUGGUCACAAGUUUCCCGUCCGACAUCACCCUCGUCGUGCCGUUUGGUACCUCCAGCAUCCCCGUCAACUGGAACGAGCCCACCUCCACGGACAACUCCGGGUCGUCCGUGCAAUCCGUGAACAUUCCUUCCGGAAGCUCAUUCCCAGUCGGAAGCACACCCGUCACCUACACCUUCACGGAUCCGUCCGGAAACUUUGCCACCCAGACGUUCAUGGUUAACGUCGUCAUGCUGUCCGACAACGAAGAACCGAUGGUACAAGAGUUCCCCGAGGACAUCACCAUCAGGGUUCCGUUUGGCACUUCUGAGAUCCCAGUGAACUGGCCGGCCCCUGUAGUGACCGACAACUCCGGAACGGUCAACGUCAUCACCAACAGACAGCCCGGCAGUUCGUUCCAACCGGGAACCAACACGGUCACGUACACGUUCACCGAUCCGUCUGGAAAUACCGUCAUGAGGGACUUCAACGUCAAUGUUAUCGUUGACUCUGACGAGAUGGCACCAAUGAUCAACACCUUCCCAUCGGACAUCACUGUCAUGGUUCCCUUUGGCAGCACGGGUACCCCGGUCACCUGGGACGAGCCAACGUCAAGUGACAACUCUGGAACGUCUAUCCCGAGCAGUAACAUUCCCUCUGGUAGCACCUUCCCCGUCGGAUCCACCCCGGUUAUGUACACCUUCACUGAUCCAUCUGGCAACACGAGAACCGAAACUUUCAACGUCAACGUUGUCAUGAUGCCCGACGAAGAAGACCCAUUCGUCCAAGAAUUCCCAGAGGACAUCACCGUGACGGUCCCCUUUGGCUCCACCAACACCCCGGUCAAUUGGCCCCAGCCGCAGGUUACUGACAACUCCGGCACGGUCAACACCAUAACCAACAGGCAGCCUGGUAGCUCUUUCCCCCCAGGCACAACCCCUGUCAUGUACACCUUCACUGACCCGUCGGGUAACAUCGUCACACGGACAUUUGACGUCAACGUGGUGGUUCUGCCCGACAACGAGGCACCUUCUGUUACCAGGUUCCCGGCAGACAUUACGAUCACGGUGCCUUACGGCGAGGAAGAGGCGGUCGUGAACUGGGACGAGCCGACUUCCACGGAUAACUCCGGAUCUACCUUGCAGACUCCCUCUCGACCCUCGGGAAGCACCUUCCCCGUCGGGAACACGCCGGUCACUUACACCUUCACUGACCCGUCUGGAAACAUUUACGAACGGACCUUCAACGUCAACGUGGUUCAAUUGCCGGACGGCAUCAUUCCUCGCAUCGUGGAUUCCCCCGAGGACAUCGAAGUCUUUGUUCCUUUCGGCACCACGGGCUCCAAUGUCAACUGGUCCCCGCCGACAGCUACCGACAACUCUGGCAGGGUCACUCCCACCACCUCCCAGGAGCCUGGGAGCUUCUUCCCUCUUGGGACGACUCCGGUUACCUACGUCUUUACCGAUCCCUCUGGAAAUGAAGCUAGGACAACUUUCACCGUCAAAGUGACUGAGCUGCCUGAUUCCAUUCCACCCAUGAUCACCUCCAUGUCCGAGGACAUCACAAUCACCGUCCCCUUCCAGUCCCCCGGCACCACGGUCAGCUGGACCGAGCCCACGGCCACCGAUAACUCCGGCACCUUCUCCAGCACCAGGACCAAUGAGCCCGGUUCCUUCUUCCCGACGGGAUCCGUCACGCCCGUCACUUACACCUUCACUGACCCAGCUGGCAACCCCGUCAGCACCACCUUCACCGUCCGUGUAGUUGAAGAACCGGACAGGGAAAACCCCAUGCUCAUCACCUGCCAGACAGACAUCACCUUCCACGUCAUGAUGGGCAAAGCUCCGGUACCGGUCUACUUCACCGCGCCCACGGCCAGCGACAAUUCCGGCCGAGUCAACCUGGUCAUGCACACCAAGAACCCGGGCGAGCUGUUCAAUGCCGGCCGGACCACCGUGCAGUACAGAUUCCAAGACCAAGCCGGAAAUAUGGCAGAUUGCAUCUUCAACGUCGAUGUUGUUGAAGCCAAUCCCUGCUCGCCGGAGCCCUGUCAGAACGGUGCUGCCUGCGUCCCGACCACGCUGACUACAUACACCUGUAUCUGCCCUGACUGCUUUACUGGAGAAACAUGCGAGGCUGCUGUGGAUGCUUGCGCGGCCAACGCUUGCCAGAAUGGAGCCGCAUGCGCUGCCUUGUCUGGUACCUGUACUCAGUAUGAGUGCCAGUGCCCUGCCUGCUACAUCGGACAGUACUGCCAAACCUAUGUGGACAGUUGUGAGAACCACCAGUGUGCCAACGGAGCCCAGUGUACGGCCAGCCCAGACAGCUGUAUCGAGUAUACCUGCCAGUGCCCACCAUGCUUCACCGGACGCUACUGUGAUGUCCCGGUCUCUGCUUGUGACAGCCAUGCCUGCCAGAGUGGAGGUCUGUGUGUACCGUCCUCGCUGACUCCCAAUGCUCUCUACUCCUGCUCUCAGUACAGGUGCUCCUGCAGCGGUUGCUUCACCGGUGCUCGCUGCGAGAUCCAGCGUGAUGCCUGCAACCCCAACCCAUGUCUGAACAGCGGUGCCUGCUCUUCCCUGCCUGACUCCUGCUACUCCUACACCUGCCAAUGCAGCGGCUGCUUCACUGGCUUCAACUGUGAAAUCCCCAUUGCGUCGGCGUGCGCCAACAACCCAUGCCAGAAUGGCGGUGUGUGCAGUGACGUACAGGGAGCCUGCGGUGCCUACACAUGUACCUGCCCCAACGGCUUCAUCGGACUCAACUGUGAAACAACGAUCUCUGAGAACCCUAACCCAUGCAACAGCUUCCCCUGCAAGAACGGAGCGUCUUGCCUGACCAUGGACGCCGACCACUACAUGUGCCUGUGCACCAGCGAGUACGUGGGACCCAACUGCAACACGCAGAAAGUGAAUGCUCCCCAGUUGGACGCCUGUGGUUCCUUCCCCUGCAUCAACGGAGCGGCUUGCUACAACGGCUUCAACAGCGGCUCUGGCAGUAACUCCUUCAUCCCGCAGUACUCCUGCGUCUGCGCCAACGGUUUCACCGGCACCAACUGCGAUACUCCUACUGGAAGUGCACCAGCCCUGGACAUCUGUAAUCUUGGUGAGAGACCCCCGUGCAGGCAAGGAGCUCAGUGCUCCAACGCUUUCCACAGCUUGAACUCCGACGUUGACUACUUCUGCGCUUGCCCCGUCGGAUACUUGGGACACAACUGCGAGACUACAAUCAGCAGCCCGUGCCUGAGCAACCCAUGCAAGAACGGAGCCAACUGCGUUGCCUUCAACACGUUCUUCAUGUGUGAAUGCUUAUCUGGGUUCGGGUCCAAGACUUGCGAAUCACGUGUCGGUGACACCACUGCACCUUCCAUCAGCGACUGCCCGGCGUCUAUCUACGCUGGCGACAGCGGCCAAGCCGGCCAGACGGUGUCCUGGACCCCACCCACGGCCACGGACGAGUCUGGCGUGGCCACUCAGAUCUAUGCCUCCCACCAGCCCGACACACUGUUCAGCCGCGGCGUCACGCCCGUCACGUACAUCUUCGCCGAUGCCAGCCAAAACUACGCCCGUUGCAUAUUCUUCGUCAAUAUUGGUGACAAUAUUCAGGUCAUUGAUAACACACCGCCAACCCUCACCAACUGCCCCACUGAUAUCGUCGUGACGGCCCCACUCGGUGCCAGCGGUGCGGUGGCCACCUGGACAAAUCCGGACGUGACGGAUGACUCGGUCGGUCCUAUCAACCUGCAAGCGACCGCGACAUCCGGCGAUAGCUUCAAUGUCGGAGAGACUACGGUCACUUUUACUGCCACGGACGCCUUUGGCAACAUAAACAGAUGCUCGUUCAAGGUCACUGUUGUUGCUUCAUCAGACAACACCCCACCGGAAAUCAGCAACUGUCCAAUGGGUGCGUCGGCCACGGCUGAUUCUGGAGCCACCAGCACUGAGGUCACGUGGGCAGCCCCAACGGCCGUGGAUAACUCGGGCGGUCAGGUGUCCGUCCAGGCAACCCAUCAGCCCGGAGACGGCUUCCCCGUCGGAGUCACCGACGUCACCUACACCUUCACCGAUCUGUCUGGCAAUGACGCAUAUUGCACUUUUGUCGUCAUGGUUAACAGUGGAAACAUGCCUGACCAAGAAGCCCCGCAGAUCUCCGGCUGUCCCUCCAACAGACAGGUUGAACCCGACCAAGGUUCCACCUCGGCCAUAGUCACCUGGGUGGAACCCACGGCCGUGGACAACAGCGGACGGGAGCCCGGCGUGGCCAAGUCGCACCAACCCCCGGCUUCCUUCCCCAAGGAUACCGUUACCCGCGUCUCCUACGUCUUCUACGACAUCUCGGGCAACUUUGACACCUGCGCUUUCACCGUGACGGUCACAGGUGGAAACGGAGGCAGUGGCGGAACCACCGACAACAUUAACCCAGAAUUCACCAACUGUCCCAACGACAUCGUUGCCUACGUAAACGGACCCGGCGCCACGGCCAGCAUUGCUUGGUCUGAGCCCACCGCUACAGACAACUCCGGUAUCGCGCCCACCGUGACCGGUAGUCUGCAAUCCCCUAUUGACCUCGGUGUCGGUUCGACCACAGCCAUGUACACGGCGACAGACGCCGCUGGCAAUGAGGCCUUCUGUACCUUCAGCGUCAAUAUCAUCUUGGACGACCAACAGCCGACGUUCACCGGUUGCCCGGUCAACGCCAGCAUGGUUCUCCCCAGCGGCAGCACCAGCGUGGCCGUGACCUGGACUGAGCCGGUCGGUGCCGACAACUCUGGCUCCGUCUCCAUAUCUAGGAGCAGCGCGCCGGGAGAUCUAUUCACUCUCGGCAGCUCCCUAGUCAACUACGUCUUCACCGACGUCGCCGGGAACGAAGCCACGUGCUCUUUCAUUGUGACCGUCACAUCAGGUGAUAAUUCCGCUAACCCUUGCGCUAGCGACCCCUGUCCUUCCAACCAGGACUGCUAUUACAGGCCUGACCCAUCAGAGUACCUGUGUAUCAACACAAGAGCCAAGAGAGAUGUCCAAGAUGCUUGCAUGUGCAUGAAUGGCGGUGUCUGCAUACCAGAAGAUGAUGGUUUCUACUGUGCGUGCCCAAGCAACUUCACCGGUGUCCUGUGCGAAAAGAAGACAUAUGUCAUGGACUCGGCUAAACCGUUCAUGUCCCACGAGAUGGAGCCCCACCACACCCACGAGUCGUCCUUCGACUCGGAGAUGUGGCUGAUGGGAGCCAUGAUGGCCCUGCUGGGGGUUGUCAUCAUCGUCCUGGCGGUUACCGUCAAUCGACUGGUGCCCCGCACGACAACCAGGAAAGACGCGUUCGACAAGGGGAACCUGGUCUACUAAAACGAGCCUCGCUCGAGGAGUCCCUUUAAUUGUCUUUUUUUAAUGCUUAUUUAAUGUUCACAAAAGUAGAAACCCUUUUUUAACAUUCUAAAUUUUUUAACCUUUUUAGCAAUUGUAUAUUUUGCUGUCGGUGAUGUUUUUGUAUUUAUGGUACGCAAAGUGAAUUUUAUGGGCGUCGUACGGGGCUAGUUUGACUAAAUUUCUUUUUUUACCCUAAGUUAUGAGUGGUUAUUUUGCCCCAUUAAACAAAAACAAAAACCAGGUGGAGGUUCAUGUGAUAAAUACCUCUCAAUUUUUAUCGAUGAUUAUUAUUUUUUAUCUAUAAUGGCUUUUUCUAUGUAUAUUUAGCUCCUGAGAAAUUGUUAUGCUGCUUUAUUUUAUUCCUUUAGAAUUAACCAAGAUCGUACGUGAGUUUUGAGAUAAGUGGCAUUUUUAUGCUUUAAAAAAAAGUUGUGUCCCUUCGUAAAGGAGUCAUGUCAAAAUGUACGUGUAUGUAUUUUGAGAAUUUUUGUUUUUAACAUCGUAAUGUAGAGACCUCAACUAACAACAAUGCCACUUUCAUAUACGUUGGUGCUUUUUUGUUUUUGUUGUUGCAUUGUAUGCCUCCUAGCAGUCUAAAUUAACGAGUUGACCGUUUUGGAGAUUAAAGUUGAAUUUUCAAUUGCAUUUUUCAAAUGAAAUUGUUAAUUGAUUGUGCUCAUAAAUCUGUAUUAGAUUGAUCGCAAUGACUUUCACCACAAGAAAUACAUUUAAAUUCAAACUGUCUAAUUCAAUCAUUUUGUGACAGUUUUUGUAAUCACUGCGAUAAAUUUGAAAGUAGACUGCAUUAUUUUUUAAUAAAACGGUUUCUCCAAAAA